AUGGGAACUGUCGGCACGCCUAAAGGUAUGUUACCUAUUGAUACCCACACUUCUCUUUUAGCUCAUAUUGAAUUAUUAAAUAAAGAGCUAGUUGGAAGCAGCUUAGUUAAAGCUAACGAUAAGGAGGAGAUAGUUAAAGAACGUGUGGUUAAGAUAGAUGAGGGUACAAAUCAAGGUGACCAAGAGGAAAAAGGAGACACCAUUGAUCAACUUAUAGACAAAAAUUCUCCUCGGGGGAGAACAAAGAAGCAGAUCAUGACUUACCCAAAUCCUCCUUUACCAGAUUACGCGUUACUAAAUAGGACGGAAGAGAAAAGGAUCAAGGAACAUGUAAACAUGACCGAAAAGAAUGAUAUGGUAAAACCUCAAUCCUUACAACCUAAACUAAAAGACUCAGGUAAAUUUAUGAAGGAGUUACUAAAUUGGACGAAAGAGAAAAGGAUCAAGGAACAUGUAAACAUGACAAAAAAUGAUGAUAUAGUAAAACCUCAAUCCUUACAACCUAAACUAAAAGAAUUAGGUAGGUUUACUAUUUCCUAUAAUAUCAGUGGGUUCAAUAUUCUGCAUGCUUUAUGUGAUCUAGGAUCUAGCAUAAAUGUCAUGCCACUGAAAACUGUGAAAGAAUUAAAAGUGGGUGAGAUCACACCGAGUAACAUGACUCUUAGUCUAGUUGAAUUAUCUAUUACUCAUUCAAUUGGUAGCUUACGCGACAUAUUAGUACCUGUCGACGACUUAUUGUUUCCUAUAGAUUUUGUAGUGCAUGAUACAAAAGGAGAUUCUGGAGGAUUUAUUAUUCUUGGACAUCCAUUCUUGGCAACCGGGAAAGCAAAGAUUGAUGUGGAAACUGGUCAACUUAUCUUGAAGUCAAAUAAAAGGAAUGUGGUUUUCAAGGUAUAUGACUGGACAUCUUAUGUGGAUAAUUUGGAUACUUUCUACUAUCUGGAGGAAAAAGGUAGGAAAGUAUACAAAGGAACAAUGAGAAAGGAAGUGACAGGUGUGAGGGUAUCCUUUGCGCCUGACGUACCUUAG